UUUGUGCCUCCACAGAGCAGUGGGAAAAGCUCUGUGCUUGAGAGCAUUGUUGGCCGGGACUUCUUGCCACGCGGCUCAGGCAUCGUCACGCGUCGGCCUCUCAUCCUGCAACUGGUGCAUGUCCCAACUUUGGCAGAGAGGAGGCGGGCAGCCAGUGGAGAAAGCGGUGUCCAGGCUGAAGAAUGGGCCACCUUCCUGCACUGCAAACACAAGACCUUUACUGACUUCAGUGAGAUUCGGGAGGAGAUUGAAAUCGAGACAGAAAGGACGACUGGAGCUAACAAGGGAAUCAGCCCGGAGGCCCUGUAUCUGAAGAUCUACUCCCCCCAGGUGCUCAACUUGACUCUUGUGGAUCUGCCAGGGAUUACCAAGGUGCCCGUUGGGGAUCAGCCCCCCGACAUUGAGGUCCAGGUCCGGGAUAUGAUCCUUUCCUACAUUUCCAACCCCAACUGCCUGAUCCUGGCCGUGACGGCUGCGAACACGGACAUGGCCACCUCCGAAGCGCUCAAGCUCGCUCGAGACGUGGACCCUGAUGGGCGGAGGACGCUGGCCGUCAUCACCAAGUUGGAUCUGAUGGACGCUGGGACAGACGCCAUGGACGUCCUGAUGGGCCGUGUCAUUCCCGUGAAGCUGGGCAUCAUCGGGGUGGUCAACAGGAGCCAACAUGACAUCAAUAGCCACAAGAGCAUCACUGAGUCUCUGCAGGACGAACAGGGUUUCCUACAGAAGCGGUACCCAUCGCUUGCCAACCGGAAUGGCACACGGCACCUGGCCAAGACUCUCAACAGGUUGCUGAUGCAUCACAUCCGGGACUGCCUGCCAGAGCUGAAGACACGGGUGAAUGUCCUGACGGCCCAGUACCAGUCUGUCCUACAAAGCUAUGGGCAGCCCAUCGAGGACAAGAACGCCACCCUGCUGCAGAUCAUUACCAAGUUCGCCACCGAGUACUGUAACACCAUCGAGGGCACGGCCCGCAACAUCGAGACUUCAGAGCUGUGUGGAGGUGCCCGGAUGUGCUAUAUCUUUCACGAGACCUUUGGCCGCACACUGGAGUCCAUUGACCCGCUGGCCGGCCUGACGAUGCUGGAUAUCCUGACGGCCAUCCGCAAUGCCACAGUCAACCUCACACUAGCACGCAGCGGGCCAGUGUUUGUGUUCACUUCCAUCAGCCUGCGUGGCAACCAGAAGAGGGGGAAGGCAACUUUUUUCUGGAUAAAACUUACUUUUCAUAGAAUCGUAGAGUUGGAAUGA